UUCCCAAACUCCCUUUUUAUCAUAGUGUCGUCAAUUUUUUUCUGUUUCAGAUCAUGUUGAUAUUGGUGGUGACUUUUUUUUAAUAUAUAUAUAUAUAAAAAGUACGCGAUGCUUUUUAUUCUUUAACUGUUUCUCUCUUGAAAGAUGUCAUCGGAUGAAGAAGAUUUAGAGUUAGAUGAAGUAACUUCUCAGUUAACUGAUGAAGGUGGAGAUAUGAUGGAUGUAGAAGAUCCUUUGACACCUUUUCCUUUAUCUGAACAGUCAUCAGACACACGACAACUCAAUUUACGUAUUGAUCCUCAACUAUUGACUUGCGAUUCAUAUGACUGUGUGCCACUGGUAGCUGCACUACACCCUUCGCCUAUCUUUAGUUUGGCUACCACUACUUGUUAUCGAUGGGUUUUAACAGGUUCUGAAGAUGGUUAUAUCCGUAAAUGGGAUUUCUUUGCUUCCAUGAAUGGUAAAACCUCACUGACCCAAGUACAACGCCAUCAUUAUGUAGAUUCUGUUGUCUAUUCAGGUAUUCUUAGUUCUUGGUGGGAGAAUGAAGAAAUACCAGAACAAACUGUCAAGCAUGAAUUUGAAGAUAUUUCACAAGUUGUCCCACGCGGACCAACAGAACCCAAACUAUCACCUGUCUAUAGCCUAGCAAUGCACUCAGAAGCAUUAUGGGCCUUACAAGGUUGUGAAAAUGGGUCCAUUAAUUUGACCACAGUUCGGCAUGAAGAAGGCAAAUGCCAUCAUGUGCUUCGGAAGCACACUGGGCCUGUUUCCAUCUUGGUGAUCACACCGGAUGAGACGGGUGCCAUCAGUGGAUCUUGGGAUAAAUCUGUGCUUGAAUGGGACCUCCAUACAGGAUCUGUGCUUAGGUCAUAUGAGGGUCACCAUUCACAAAUUGCUUCAACUGAAUUCCAACCACUUUAUCCAUACAGCGAUGAUGUGUAUUGGAAUAAAAAGAAUGGAGAUACCCUGUUGACCACAAGUGUCGAUGGUCAAUGUCUCUUAUGGGACAGAAGAGAACCAUCACAGGCUGCUAGAAAACUACCAAUACCUGAUAAAACACCUCCAUGGUGUUUAUCUGCUACUUGGAGUGCAGAUGGAUCCAAGAUUUAUAUGGGAAGAAGAAAUGGUACUGUGGAUGAAUAUGAUUUUGGAUCUCAGACAUGGAUUCAAUCCUUUCGUAUGCCUGCUAAUUCAGGUCCUGUCUCUUGUGUGAAAAGUAUGCCUAAUGGUAAACACAUCAUAUGUGCUUCUAAUGAUAAUAUCCGUAUUUGGGAUACCACUGUGGAAUCCAACUUCAUCAUUCGACCUGAUACUGAACCUGGUUUUGCUCAACCCUCUAAACUAUCUUCUGUGAUUCCAUUCCAUAUCAUGCCUGGUCAUCAUGGAGGUACUAUUUCACAUAUCUCUAUUGAUCCUACUUGUAAAUAUAUGAUUACAACAUCAGGUAAUCGUGGCUGGGAUGGUAUUUCAACCAAUGCUUGUUUAUUCUAUGAAAUUGUAAAUAAAAAAUAGAUCCAAGUGGAGUAGAGUAGAAGUAAAUGAUCCAAGUUGUAUUUAAUCAGCUGUAUUGUCUAUAAAAUCACACAAGCCAUACUUCUUUUCUUUCUUUAUAUCUACAAUGGUCAACACAGUACAUUUCGACGAAGAAGACCUAUUGGAACACAUCUUAUGCGCUUUCAAAAAAAUCGCUUCAAAUCAAGUACAUUCAAAGGAACAAGGCUUCAUGAUAGAUACGCUCGAAAAGGUUCUAUUUAAGCUUAUUGAAUUUGGUAUCCAAGUCAAGUCUUUUCUCAAGACAUUAAAAGAAUACGUAAAAAAAACCUAUGCUCUCUGCCAAAGUUGUUUUGCAGACUUUUUAGUUUUGCUGAUGAAAAUAAUGAUCAAGU